AUGAAAUUCCUCAAUCUAAAUUAUUACAAUGGGGAAAUAUACGAAAAGUACAAAAUUAACAAUAUAUUAUCUUUAUUAGUUGAUAAUUAUAAAUUUCAAAAUGAAAAUAUUGACUUCCAUGAACUAAGUACUAAGAAAAAUAAUUAUAGUAUCAUGGCUCUGUUGGGAAGCCAAAUAAAAAAUUUAAAUGAUGAUAUAUACAAAGAUAUUGAUACAAAUGACAUAAUUUUAGCAUUAUCACAAUUGAAACAAGUUGAAGAGCAGAUAUUAAUUAACGAAAACCAAAACAGAAAUUAUAUUUUAGAAUUAGCAGAACAAUUAUAUUAUGAAUAUACUAAAAAUGGCUUAAUCACAAAUGACCAUGUAUAUAAUUUAAAUGAAAAAAGAAAUUUUAUGAGUAUAAAUUUAGAAUUAAUGAAUGAAAUAAAUAAUGGAAUUCGAAAUUAUGAAAGAAAAGUUCAUGAUUUAUGUCAAUUUUCUGGUGAAAAAUUAAAAAAGGAUAUUAACUCACAUUAUGAUGAAAUAGACCCGUUAAAUUCAGAUAAAAUAAAUUAUUUGUUAAAUGAUAAUGAUAUGUUUUAUAGUAUAAAACAAAAUACAUAUUCUGAAGGAAAUGAUGGUAUGUUAAAUAAUGAUUUAUAUAAUAAUAAAAAUGUUGAUAAUUUCUUAAAUAUAAAUGAUAACAUGAAUACUGGUGACGCACAUUUAAAUAUUCUAAAGGAUGCAAAUGUUGAUCAUAAUAAUGAAUAUGAAAGUUUUAUGAGCUUAAUAGGUGAUAAUAAAAUAAAAAAUAGAAAUUCAUUUGGAGAACCUUUUGAUAAUUAUCGAAAUUUUAGCAAGGAUAGCUUAAGUGCCAACAAAAAUAGUAUUAACAUUCAUAAUAGUAAUAUAAAUAACAAAAAUUGUAAUAAUAAUUUACUUCACUAUAAUAAAGACGAAACAAAUAGUAGUACAUGUUGCAAUAGUGUAGGUAACAUUAAUGAAGAUCUUAGUAUCUAUAAUGAUAUAAAUAAUAACACUGUAAAUUAUAAUACAAGAAAACAUUUUAGUAAUGCAUGCCAUUUGGAAUCAGAUGAAAAUUAUUUAUUUAAGGAUAGAACAAAAUUUGAUUUAUUAAAAAGGAAAACACAUUAUGAUAAAAUUGAAGAAGGAUUUCCAAAAGCACAUAAUCAAAGGAAUACCGUAAUCGGAAAUAUAACUAAUAAUGCAAAUAUUCAUGGAAACAAUUUUUAUGAUGUAGAUAUGAAUAAAAUAAAUUCGAACAUGGCUCGAGGUUAUGGUAAUAUGAAUGAUAAAUAUGAUGAAAAUAAAAUAUUUUUAAAAAAAGAUGAUAUAAAAUAUGAUGAUAAUAAUAAUAGCAACGAACUAAAAAUAGAUAUAAAUGGUGGAUUACCUGGAUAUAACACAAACUAUGAUUUACGUACUAACCAAUUUAAUGAAAAUAAGAAUAGUAAUAAUAUAUUUAACAAAAACAUUAAAAAUAAUAUAGCAAAUAAUGUAUUAGAUAAUUUAGAUAAAGCAGAGCAAGAAAUUGUUAAUAAGCAUUUAAAAAAUUCAUUUGCACACAAUGAUUAUACUGCAAGACGUAUGAGUUCUAUAUUAUUAAACCAAACUGCUACAAAUAAAGAAGUGUUAAAUAAUAGAAAAUCUUUUGACCCUCAAAAUAUAAAUAAAUUUAUUAAUAAAAAUAUGCACGAUUAUAAUAGUGGAUUGUCUUUGAACAAAUAUAGUAUAAGUGAUCCAAAAAAAGGUUUUACAACGGAUACAAAUAACAGUAGUAGUUUUAUAUUGAGCUCUAUAAAUAAACAUAAUAAUACUCAUGAUAAUUCUUUUAAUAUAGUUAAUAAUUUUGAAAACAAGAGAUUCUCAGCUAAAUCAAAAGAUAAUUUUACUCGAAAUAGCUUUAUGAAAGAUGUUUAUAUAAAUGAAAAAAAUCUUACUUAUAAUAAUUUGGACAGAAGAAAUUAUUCCAAUAUCAUACAUACACCAAAUAAAUUAUUAAAUGGUGAUCAUAUGAGUAACUUUUCGAGAAAUAUUCAGAAAUCAGUUGAAUCAAAUAUAAACACGUAUACAAAUAAAUAUUCUAGGGCCUUAGACAUAAACGAUUUGAACAGUAAUACUAGUAGAAACUAUAUGAACAGUUCUAAUAGCAUAAAAAGUGAAAAUACUAGUGUUAGAGAUAAUUAUGCAAAAAUGCUCGAACGAUCAAAGUCGAUGUCGUCGCAAAUAUAUAGUAGACUCCCUCAUACAAGAAAUUAUUUAAAAGCAAACAUGUAG